AUGUCUGCCCCCAACCCAAAAGCUUUCCCAUUAGCUGAUUCAGCUUUAACACAACAAAUUUUAGAUGUUGUUCAACAAUCACAAAAUUUAAGACAAUUAAAAAAAGGAGCCAACGAAGCAACUAAAACUUUAAACAGAGGUAUUUCUGAAUUUAUCAUUAUGGCUGCUGAUACUGAACCAAUUGAAAUUUUAUUACAUUUACCAUUAUUAUGUGAAGACAAAAAUGUUCCAUAUGUAUUUGUUCCAUCAAAAGCCGCUUUAGGUAGAGCUUGUGGUGUAUCAAGACCAGUUAUUGCUGCUUCAGUCACUUCAAAUGAUGCUUCAUCUAUUAAAAACCAAAUUUAUGGUAUCAAAGAUAAGAUUGAAACUUUAUUAAUUUAA